AUGCUGCGGUGACCGGGUUCCUUCCUCACUGCGUCGACCGCUAAGACACAACUGGUGGAGAAGGGACAAGGGGUGAAAGGGAUGGACCUUGGAGCUUCCCAAUGCUAAACUCCUGUGGGAUUCCAGCUGGAGGUGAAGGGCGCUGCACCUAGGAUGUGCGCAGCCAUAGCAGCGGCACCUGUGCACCGAGGACCGACCGACCGUGGAGAGGCAGCACUCACCACCAGCGCAGGAGAUGCUGAUCUGAAGCCCUAAUUGAUUAACGUGACAGUGUCAGGUGGAUCCACGGCCAUCUCGCAGCCCUCUCUGGAGGGUUGCUGAGGGUGGGCAGCAUGGAGGAGAGGAAGCAUGAGACAAUGAACCAAGCUCAUGUCCUCUUCGACCGGUUUGUCCAGGCCACCACUUGCAAAGGAACUCUCAAGGCUUUCCAAGACCUCUGUGACCACCUGGAACUGAAACCUAAGGACUACCGCUCCUUCUAUCACAAGCUCAAGUCCAAGCUCAACUAUUGGAAAGCCAAAGCCCUCUGGGCAAAGUUGGACAAACGGGGCAGUCACAAAGACUACAAAAAGGGAAAAGCAUGUACUAACACCAAGAUCUAUGGGCCUUACGGGCUGUCCAAGUGUCUCAUCAUUGGAGCUGGGCCUUGUGGUCUCCGCACAGCCAUUGAUUUAUCCUUACUGGGUGCCAAGGUGGUUGUCAUUGAGAAACGAGAUGCCUUCUCCCGCAACAAUGUCUUGCAUCUCUGGCCAUUUACCAUACAUGAUCUGCGAGGCCUGGGUGCCAAGAAGUUCUAUGGCAAGUUUUGUGCUGGAGCCAUCGACCACAUUAGUAUCCGUCAGCUCCAGCUGAUACUGUUGAAAGUAGCUUUGAUCCUAGGCAUUGAAAUUCAUGUCAAUGUAGAGUUCCAAGGACUUGUACAGCCUCCUGAAGACCAAGAGAAUGAACGGAUAGGUUGGCGGGCACUGGUGCAUCCCAAAACUCAUCCCGUGUCAGAGUAUGAAUUUGAAGUAAUCAUUGGUGGGGAUGGCCGAAGGAACACUUUGGAAGGAUUUCGGCGGAAAGAAUUUCGUGGCAAACUGGCCAUCGCCAUCACAGCAAAUUUUAUUAACCGAAAUACAACAGCGGAAGCCAAAGUGGAAGAGAUCAGUGGUGUGGCUUUUAUAUUCAACCAAAAAUUUUUCCAGGAACUGAGGGAAGCCACAGGUAUUGAUUUGGAGAAUAUCGUCUACUACAAAGAUGACACCCAUUAUUUUGUUAUGACAGCCAAAAAGCAGAGUUUACUGGACAAAGGAGUGAUACUGCAUGACUACGCUGACACAGAGCUCUUGCUUUCCCGAGAGAACGUGGACCAAGAGGCUCUACUCAGCUAUGCCAGAGAGGCAGCAGACUUCUCCACCCAGCAGCAGCUGCCGUCUUUGGACUUUGCCAUCAAUCACUAUGGGCAGCCGGACGUGGCCAUGUUUGACUUCACUUGUAUGUAUGCCUCUGAGAAUGCCGCCCUGGUGCGGGAGCAGAACGGACAUCAGUUGUUAGUAGCUCUGGUUGGUGACAGCCUCCUAGAGCCUUUCUGGCCAAUGGGAACAGGAAUAGCCCGGGGCUUUCUAGCUGCUAUGGACUCUGCCUGGAUGGUACGAAGUUGGUCACUAGGAACAAGCCCCUUGGAAGUCCUAGCAGAGAGGGAAAGUAUUUAUAGGUUGCUGCCUCAGACCACCCCUGAGAAUGUGAGUAAAAACUUCAGCCAAUACAGCAUUGACCCUGUCACUAGGUAUCCCAAUAUUAACGUCAACUUCCUUCGACCAAGCCAGGUGCGCCAUUUAUAUGAUACUGGAGAAACAAAAGAUAUUCAUCUGGAAAUGGAGAACCUGGUGAAUUCCCGAACUACCCCAAAGCUGACUCGAAAUGAGUCUGUAGCUCGUUCAAGCAAACUACUAGGUUGGUGCCAGAGGCAGACGGAUGGCUACGCAGGGGUAAAUGUGACAGAUCUCACCAUGUCUUGGAAAAGUGGCUUGGCCCUUUGUGCAAUUAUCCACAGAUACCGCCCUGAUCUGAUAGAUUUUGAUUCUUUGGAUGAGCAAAAUGUGGAGAAGAAUAACCAACUGGCCUUUGAUAUUGCUGAGAAGGAACUGGGCAUUUCUCCCAUCAUGACAGGCAAAGAAAUGGCCUCCGUAGGGGAGCCCGACAAGCUGUCCAUGGUGAUGUACCUGACUCAGUUCUAUGAGAUGUUCAAAGACUCGCUCCCCUCCAGUGAUACCUUGGACCUGAAUGCGGAGGAGAAAGCAGUCCUGAUAGCCAGUACCAAAUCCCCCAUCUCUUUCCUAAGCAAACUUGGACAGACCAUCUCUCGGAAACGUUCUCCCAAGGAUAAAAAGGAGAAGGACUUGGAUGGUGCUGGAAAGAGGAGAAAGACCAGUCAAUCAGAGGAGGAGGAAGCUACCCGGGGCCACAGAGGAGAAAGACCAACACUCGUGAGUACUCUGACUGACAGGAGGAUGGAUGUUUCUGUUGGGAACCAGAACAAAGUGAAGUACAUGGCGACCCAGCUGCUGGCCAAAUUUGAAGAGAAUGCACCUGCACAGUCCACCAGCAUACGGAGACAGCCGACACAAGUGCAUGGGGCCAGCCGGCCGUCCUGCAGCCUGCGUGAGCAGGGUCGCCCUGCUCCCACCCCGCAGUGGAAACAGCGACGGGAAAAGGAGCGUUCUCGGACCUGCCCCAAAAAAGUGAUCACGCUCUCUCCUCCCCUUACUCCACCUCCCUGUCGGGCACGUGGCAGCCAGCAGACAUACAGGGAUCUUGGUGCUGACAACCGUGGCAAGCAGAGUCCCCGUCACGAGCGGAGAUCUUCUCCAGCUCCCUCUGGGGCUUGUACUGCUGAUUCUAUCCUGAGGGCUGAGCUUGGGGUCAGUGAGCUGGCUGAGCAUCUGGAGCAGAGGCUGACUAGGCACCAGCCAGAGUCUGAAUCUCGUCGAUUUUUUGUUGACCAGUGGGAGCUUUCUCUUAGUCUCCGUUCCUCCCGCCCUGCCUCUCCCUCCUCCGACUCCCUGCGACAGAAGUAUAUAAAGAUGUACACAGGCGGAGUGAGCUCAUUGGCUGAGCAGAUAGCCAAUCAGCUUCAAAGGAAAGAGCAGCCCAAAGCUCUUCUAGACAAGAAGGAACUGGGCUCCAUGAAGAAAGAGUUCCCACAGAACUUGGGAGGCAGCGACACAUGCUAUUUCUGCCAGAAGCGGGUCUACGUGAUGGAAAGGCUGAGUGCUGAGGGCAAAUUCUUCCACCGGAGCUGCUUCAAAUGCGAGUACUGUGCCACCACCCUACGCCUCUCAGCCUAUGCCUAUGACAUUGAGGACGGUAAAUUCUACUGUAAACCACACUACUGUUAUCGGCUCUCUGGCGCUGCACAAAGGAAAAGACCAGCAGUGGCUCCUCUGUCUGGAAAGGAGGCCAAAGCACCCCUGCAGGAUGGCCCUGGUGCAGAUGCAAAUGGACGGGCCAGCAUCGUGGCCAGCUCGGCUGAGAGAACCCCAGGUUCAAGUGUGAAUGGCCUAGAGGAGCCCAGCAUCGCCAAGAGGCUGCGGGGCACGCCGGAGAGGAUCGAGCUGGAGAACUACCGCCUGUCCAUGAAGCAGGCAGAGGAGCUGGAGGAGGUGCCUGAGGAGACCCAGGCAGAGCACAACCUGAGCAGUGUGCUGGACAAGGGCACCGAGGAAGACGUCGCCAGUAGCAGUUCCGAGUCUGACAUGGAGGAGGAAGAGGAGGAGGAAGAGGAGGAGGAAGAGGAGGAGGAAGAGCCACAGCUGCCUCCCUCUGACCUGGGUGGCGUCCCUUGGAAGGAGGCUGUGAGGAUCCAUGCUCUUCUGAAAGGGAAGAGCGAAGAGGAGCUUGAGGCCUCCAAGAGCUUUGGGCCUGGGAACGAAGAGGAGGAGGAGGAGGAGGAGUAUGAAGAAGAGGAGGAGGAAGAAUAUGAUGAGGAGGAGGAAGAGUCCAGUGAAGCCGGGAACCAGAGGCUCCAGCAGAUUAUAAACCCAGUGGAUCCCUUGGAGAUCCAGGCUGAUGUGCACUGGACACAUAUUCGUGAGAAAGAGGAGGAGGAGAGAAUGGUACCAACCUCUGAGUCCUCUACUUCUAGAGUGCCCGACCUUCCCUCCAUACGCCGUGCGGCAGUGCAGGCCUGGCUGGAGACGGUCUCCGGAGUCCCAUUGGAUGAGAAUUACCUGGAGGAAGAUGUGGACUCGGAGCCGGCAGAGAUAGAAGGGGAGGCAGCGGAGGAUGGGGACCCAGGGGACACUGGUGCUGAGCUGGAUGAUGAUCAGCACUGGUCUGAUGACAUCCCAUCAGAUGCUGAGACAGAGCUCCGCUUGCAGCGCCAGGCUGAGGUGGAGGCAGAGCUGGAGCUGAGGGUGUCAGAAGAUGAGGAGAAACUACCCGCCUUGCCAAAGCAACAAGAGAGAGAUCUCUCCCAAGCUUCCGGCCCCAUCCGGCCCCCUCAGGAACAAGCCCUUCUGCUCACUCCAGUGCACAGCCCUCUGGCAGAGGGGCCCCAGAUCCUACUUGCUACCAAGAUGAAGUCACCUGAGGAGCGCUUUUUCCCUGAACCUUUGCUCCCCAAAGAGAAGCCCCGAGCUGAAGCCCCCACUGAUCCUAACACUGUAUACUCUCCUAUCCGGUCUCAGCCAGUGGCUCUGCCAGAAACCAGGACCCCAGCCUCACCAGGGAGUCCGCCACCUCUGUCUCCAUUGGCCAUCUCUGCACCCCCCUCCACACCGCUCCCCAUCUGCUCCCAGCCUCAGCCAUCCUCUGAGGCCACCAUCCCGUCUCCCACCUUGUCACCCAUAUGCUUUCAGCCUGUUCCAGCCAAAACAUCCACCCCCCUCACCCCGCUUCCUGUCAAAAGCCAAGCUGACUCCAGGGACAAAUUGGGCAGCCCUCUCCCUGUGGACGAGGCCCUCAAACGGAACGACCUCGUGGAAGAGUUCUGGAUGAAAAGCGCUGAAAUCCGCCGCAGCCUUGGGCUCAUGCCUGUGGAUCGCAGCAAGGGUCCUGAGCCCAGCUUCCCCUCACCUGCCUUUAAGCCAGUCACCCUAAAGGCCUAUUCAGUUGAAAAGUCCCCUCAGGAUGAGGGGCUCCAUCUUCUAAAACCUCCAUCUGUUCCUCAAAGGCUGGGCCUGCCAAAGUCAGAGGGCGACCAGCCCUCCCUGCCAACUCCCAAAUCACCAUCUGACCGAGAGCUGAGAAGUUCCCAGGAGGAGCGCAGGGACCUGUCCAGCAGCUCUGGUUUGGGCCUUCACGGUAGCUCCUCCAACAUGAAGACCCUGGGGAGCCAGAGCUUCAAUACCUCGGACUCCGCCAUGCUCACCCCACCCUCCAGCCCGCCGCCGCCCCCACCUCCAGGGGAGGAGCCCGCCACUUUGCAGAGGAGGCCCUGUGAGCACAAGGAAACCCCGCCUAAGGCCUCAGUGGCCCUGCUACCCCCACCUGCCACAUUUAUGCGGCCCCCCCGAGAGCCUGCCCAGCCCCCCCGGGAUGAGGUGCGGAAGUCGUUCGUGGAGAGCGUAGAUGAGAUCCCCUUUGCAGAUGAUGUGGAAGACACGUACGACGACAAGACCGAGGACUCGAGCGCACAGGAGAAGUUCUUCACACCCCCGUCCUGCUGGUUGCGCCCUGAGAAGGCCCUCCACUUGCCCCCCGCCAAGGAGAGUGGGAGGCUGCCUGCCCCGGAGGGUGCUGCCCCGCUGCAGAAGAGGGCACUGCCCUUGGUCUCUCCAGAGGCCAAGGAACUGGCUGAGGAGCGCAUGCGAGCCAGGGAGAAGUCUGUGAAGAGCCAGGCACUGCGGGACGCCAUGGCCAAACAGCUGAGCAGGAUGCAGGAAGUGCAGGUGGCAGCUGGGGCCCCCAGGUCCCGAAAGGCAGCCUCAGUGCCCUCCAAGGGCAAGGACCGUGGGGCCGAGUCUCCUGGACGUCCCAUCCUCAAAGGCUCUCAGGAGCCUACCCUGAAGCAUGGAGCCCUCAGUGAAGAGCCCCUCUCCCCUCCAUCAGACUCGGGCGGCCCAGACGGUUCUGUCACUUCAUCUGAGGGCUCCAGUGGGAAGAGCAAGAAGAGGUCAUCACUCUUCUCCCCCCGCAGAAACAAGAAAGAGAAGAAGCCCAAAGGUGAGGGCCGGCCCCUGGAGAAACCCAGCCCCAGCCUCCUGGAGGAAGCAGCCUCCAAGCCCAAGUCCUUGUGGAAGUCGGUCUUCUCCGGGUAUAAGAAGGACAAAAAGAAGAAGACUGAUGACAAAUCCUGCCCCAGCACCCCUUCCAGUGGCACCACAGUGGACUCUGGCAAGCAUAGGAUGCCUCCCGUCAUGCGGACAGAGCUGCAGCUCCGGCGCCAGCUGAGUUUCUCAGAGGACUCAGAUCUUUCCAGUGAUGACAUCCUCGAGAGGGCCUCCCAGAAGUCCAAGCGAGAGUCGAUUUAUGUACCACACGCCUUGGCAUUCAGGAGAUCAUAUGCAUCAAAGCCAAGAACCUACACAGAGGAGGAACUGAAUGCCAAGCUGACUCGACGCGUACAAAAGGCAGCUCGGAGACAGGCCAAGCAAGAGGAGCUUAAGCGGCUGCACCGAGCCCAGAUCAUCCAGCGGCAGCUGGAACAGGUGGAGGAAAGACAGCGGCAGCUGGAGGAAAGAGGGGUAGCUGUGGAGAAGGCGCUCCGAGGCGAAGCAGACUAUUGGGGAGAGUCUUAUUACAGUGACCUCAUCGACUUGCAUCUGGGUGUUGAGCCCAGUGGCGGGACUCCACGGCGUAGACCUCUCUCCUUCUGCCCUUGCUGUGUCCAGGAAGGCAUGGGCAAGAAGGAUGAUCCCAAGCUGAUGCAGGAGUGGUUCAGGCUAGUGCAAGAAAAGAACGCCAUGGUGCGCUACGAGUCAGAGCUGAUGAUCUUUGCCCGGGAGCUGGAGCUGGAAGACCGGCAGAGCCGCCUGCAGCAGGAGCUCCGGGAGCGGAUGGCAAUAGAAGAUCAUCUGAAGACUAAGGAGGAGUUGUCAGAGGAGAAGAAGAUCCUCAACGAGAUGCUGGAGGUAGUGGAACAGAGAGACUCCCUAGUGGCCCUGCUGGAGGAGCAGCGGCUCCGGGAGAAAGAGGAGGACAAAGACCUAGAAGCCGCCAUGCUGUCCAAGGGCUUCAGCCUGAACUGGUCCUGAACUCUCACCCACACUUACUGUUGGUACCGUUGGUCUGUUGACAUCCACCUGACCUGGCUGUGGUCUCCAAACCACAGGAUCCGAGACCUGACAAGCCCUGGCACCUCCGUGGAGUUCACACUCAGAUACCCAUGUGCCUCUAGAAAAGUGGGGUCAAGUCUCGUGUGCUGCGGGGAACCCCAGGUGAUGAGGAUCAUCCGUCUGAAGGAGCCCACCGGACUUCCACUCAGGAGAGAGGAGCCUGGCACAGAUGACAGAAUGUGAAGGACCCCGCAUACUCCCGGGGACCACUGGCUGGUGCCCCCUCCUUCCACAUUUGGUAAGAAAAGGAAGCUGUUCCCUGUCUGUCAGAACCACAGCCACCAUAGAGCACACCUCCACGGAGAAGGAGGGCAGCUGUCUUCUUCAUGCUCCCUGAAGCACCACCAAAGAAAUGAAAAGUGCACCACACAAAAGCAAGAUAUGAAUCGAGACCCGGGAGGAGGGGUGGUGGCCAUUCAGGGCAGUGUCCACCCAGCAUCGCACGGGACACCUAGGAGUGGGUAGGCUCCAGAACUUAUUAUGCAAGUGAAGAGUUGGUAGAAAGGGUCUGCUCUCCGCCCCACCCCACACACUGGACCCCACGUGGCCAAACACCCCAGGCCUGUCUGACCUUGGCCCCCCUGGAAUUGCUGCAUUUUGCUUUUAGUACACAACCAUUUUGACACUGGAAAAUACUGACUUUGGGGGACCAGGUGAGGCCCUGCAUUUCAAGCCCCCAGUUACAGACAGGCGUUGUCAUAGGCCAGCGCUGUAUGUCAGGAAAGGGAAUGGCCUUUUUCCUUGGCAUUUUUCCUGUGUUUGCACAUUGAAAGGAAGCUGACGACCUGGCAAGACGCUCAGCUGCUUCAGACCCUUUUUGUCAAUUAACUUAUUUUUUUAAUACUUGAAGCAACUUCAUUUUUGUAUCUAUAUUAAAGACACACUGAUCACCUGGCACCUGGGUGGGAAUGACAGCAAGGCCUCUGCUGCAUCCCGCACAGCCUGGUCCAGAACUGCCCAAAUGACCAGAUGUUUGUCACAUGCACCCAUAUUUAUUUGCCUUCUUCCUCGUGUUACUGGCCUGGUUGGCAUCACAGAGCAGCCCAGGACCUCGAUGUGGGUCCUGCUCACAGCUUUUUGUCCCUCGAUGGUGUCCAGCCCCCUACUCGGUGCCCUGCUCUCGCUUCGGCGCUGGACUUCCCCAUGUACGUGACUUGCUUGUCAGGGUGCAUUUCAGCACUGUUCGGGGCAAGCAGAAGGCAGAGUU